AUGUUCUCAGGUUGGCCAGGCCAGAGCCUUGAGUCUUACAUGUUGGCCUUAGUAUCCGUCUUUCUGCUCUCUUUGGUGGUAGAGUGGCUUUCGCACACGAAAUUGAUCGAUGGAUCUACCGCAGAUAAUUAUGUUUCUGAUGGGCUUAAGCAAACCUUGAUGUAUACUAUUAGGGUUGGAUUGGCUUAUUUGGUAAUGCUAGCAGUCAUGUCGUUCAACGUUGGUGUUUUACUUGCUGCAAUUUCUGGAUAUUCAGUUGGCUUCUUGAUUUUUGGUAGUAGGGUUUUCGUGAGAUCGAAGAAGAUAGUGCCUAAUAUGGAUCAAACUGACGAUCUUACUCCAAUCAGUUGUUGCUAA